GGCUUGCUUGCGGUCACAGCAGCUCACAACAGUUGGCAUUACCCGUUGGCAACAGUUAAUUACCAAAGGUGGAAAUUGUUCCUGCGUUAUCUACGUACUAAAAGGCAGAAAAGUGUUUUUUUGCUAAAAUGUUAAAAUUCGUAUCGUACAGUGAAUAAAAAUGUAUAAAUUCGAACAGUAUAGGAGUUGAUAAUUCAUUUGAAUACCACGUGUGCUGCUUUUUUUGUGUUGUAUAUUUGAGGUUUGUUAGUUUUCAUUGAUUAGGUGUUAUUUCUUCACAUAUGGAUUGCUCGGUUUGUGCACAUUAUUGCCAACAAUACAAUUUCAAGCCAGUGACCAUUGAAACCAUCAUGCCAGCGCCUGCACCAGGACUUUUCAGCUCCUCUGACGAAGAAAUACCUUUCGUCGAGCGUUUAACGAGCAUCAACACCAGCACACCGCUCAUCGCGUCGGACAGCAGCGAUAAGGACAGUAGUGACGCCACCAGCAGUGACGAAGAUGUUCAGGUGAAAAAUAUGCUGGAUAGGGUGCUAGAGGCUGUUCGAAAUUCGCCAGGCGAGAAUCUAGAGAAGGGAGUCUCCAUACACAAGAUCAAGCGUUACCUAAAACUCCACUAUCAGGUACGUAAGGUCGAAAUGAGCACACAACUGAAACCCGCCAUGGAAGCGGCCCUCAAAAGAAAGCUUCUGAUCAAGCUCACGGGGAACAACAGGGUGAUGGUUGGUUCGGUGAAGUUGAAUCCUGACCUGGACAAACCGGCGAAAGAGUCGAACGAGCCUGCCGCCGUUCCGGAGAAUAGUAGAGCCGUCAAGAAACGCAAAGCCGAGGCAGACGAUGUAAUAAUCGCCAAGAAGGGUAAGAAGCGGAUGAAAGCUUAGAAAUGGGAGUGAUAUUAUGUUCUAUUGUUGUUGAAUCAAUGUUGUUGAAUCUCCCUGAAAGCAUCCGAGCGAUGCUUAUUUGAGGAGGGUUAUUUGUUAUUUUUUUUCUUCAGUUAGUUACAUAUUAGAUUUUUCUUGAUAAAAUUAAUAUCGUAAACUACUUAUUAUUAAUAGAUUCCGUGUGAAAAUUGUAAUUAAUUGAUCAUUUGGCAAUUGUUUUUAAAAAAAAACAUCAGUUUACUUUCAAACGAGACAGUUAUUAUAUCCGAAUACACUUGUAUGGACAAUACGUGAAAAAAUAAAUUCUAGAGAUGAAAAGUU